AUGGAUGCAACGUCUGCACCCGUCGUUCAACUGCUUGACUCGAGACAAGAACAGAACGACGCUGUCGACAGUGAUGCUCAUCUAGACCGAAUCACCGGGUCAUACGAGCCCAAGACCAAUGCACCCCGAGAAACCGAUGGCGACAGCAAGAUUCCUGUAGAUGACAAUGUGCAGAACAUCGAUCUCGAGUCCUCCACUCGACCCGCUGGGAUCGAUGACUUCCCAGAAGGAGGCCUACAAGCAUGGCUCGUGGUGUUUAGUUCUUUCCUCGCUCUGUUCUGCUCUUUCGGUUUCAUGGUCGCCAUCGGCACGGUCCAGGAGUACCUCCAGCUGCACCAGCUUUCACAUUACACCGCUCGCGACAUCGGCUGGAUCCCGUCUGUGUUCGUCUACCUCUCUCUCGGUGGCGGUAUCGGAGUCGGUCCCAUCUUCGAUCGCUACGGUCCUCGGCACCUCGCCCUGUGCGGCUCGAUCACUUACAUCGUCAUGAUGUUCCUGCUGGCGCAGUGCAGCAAGUACUGGCACUUCCUGCUCUGCCUGGGCGUGCUGGGCGGAGUCUCGGGCGCCAUGUUGACGACGACGAGCAUGGCCGUGGUGAGCCACUGGUUCAAGAAACGACGAGGCUUCGCCCACGGCAUCGCCAUGACCGGCUCGAGUUUCGGCGGCGUCGCUUUCCCGCUCAUCCUUCAGGACGCCUUUCCCCGGUACGGGUACGCGUGGUCGAUUCGGAUCCUCGGCUUCGUCAUCGUGGGGUGUCUCGUCAUCAGCAACAUCCUCAUGAAGCCACGCUUGCCCCCGUCGGCUCAAGCCAAGAAGCAGGCCAUCAUCUCCCUCAACCUGUUUGGCGACCUGAAGUUCACCCUCUUCACGAUCACCGUGUUUGGGUUCGAGAUUGUCCUGUUCGGUGCGUUGGGCAUCUUGCCGACGUAUGCGAGCCUGGGCGGACAGUUUCCCGCCGACACCGGCUUCUACAUCAUCGCGGUGAUGAACGGCGUGUCAUGCGCAGGCCGCAUCAUCCCGGGCUAUGUCUCGGAUUACAUUGGGCGCUUCAACACCCUCAUGAUCAUGAUCGUCGCGACGUUGAUCCUGAUGUUGGUGCUGUGGCUGCCAUUCGGGCACAGCAGCCUCGCGGCCUUGUACGCCUUUUGUGCACUGUUUGGAUUCGGCACCGGUUCCUGGAUGGCACUCACACCGGCCUGCAUUGGCCAACUCUGCGAGGCAGAGCACUUUGGCCGCUACUACGGUACCAUGUACUUUGUCGCGUCGUUGGCGACCUUGGUCUGUGUGCCCAUCAGUGGCGAACUCGUCGAGUCGGUCGGACCACAGAUCAUGGUCGGCUUCAUGUGUGCGAUUCUUGCAUUGAGUCUGGGCACCUUCACCCUCAGCCGCUGGGCGUGUUUGGGUUGGCAAUGGUCAUGGACGGCAAAAGUUUGA